AAACGUACGCUCUAUUUGAUCGUUCUGGUUCCCAUCAGAUUCGCCUCUCAUCCAGCCACGAGAUCUUCAUCGGUAACCCUCUAUACUUGCCAUACAAUGUCCUCCGACGCACGUGAAAAGCCAGGAGAUAAUAUUGCCUGGUUCGUGGACCGACCUACUGAUGAGUAUCUCACUCCAACCGUUCUCGAUCUGUUCGAAACGUACAGCAACAUCCCCAGAGAAAAAAUCGCCGAUCAUAUCGUCAAUGUUCGCAACGAAUCUUGGAAGGUGUAUCCGUAUCCCUGCAUUGGGAGAUUCCGAUUUCUUGAUCUCGGGUUGGUGAAUUUCGAGGAAUAUGGAGAGGUUCUGGAUCGUUUACGUGGGGGUCAGCGUCUGUUAGAUCUGGGCUGUUGUUUUGGGCAGGAGAUUCGCAAGCUGGUCGCUGACGGCGCGCCAGCGGAUAACCUCUAUGGAUGCGAUUUGAAGAAGGAGUUCACGGAACUUGGCUACAAGCUCUUCGAAGAUCGCGAUCGGUUAUCGGCACGAUUCCUCGCUGCCGACAUUUUUGAGGAAGACUCGGAGCUCUCGACCUUGAAAGGGACGUUGGAUAUAGUUUACACGGGAUCUUUUUUCCAUCUCUUCAAUUACUCGCAGCAAUACGCUGCUUCACUCGCCGUAGCCAAGUUAUUGUCGCCCAAGAAAGGCUCAAUGCUCCUGGGCCGCCAGGUGGGGGCUGUGACUGCGGAAGAAGCGCCCCAUCAAUUUGAACCCUCCAAGGACAGAUUCCACCAAAGCCCCGAGAGCUUCAAGAAGAUGUGGGCCGACCUGGGUAAAGAACUCGGGGUUGCCUUCAGUGUGCAGGCUUCCAUCUCAGAACUCCAAGAAGACGUUCAAAAGUUCAACGAUCCAGGUAUGGGAUGGGUGAAAUUUGUCGUCAGGAGGGAAGAGUAG